AUGUUCAAACCAAAAGCGCGCGUAACUAUGGCUAUGUUGUUGGUCUCCUCUCUGAGUCAAUGCGCGAAAUCCCGUGGAGCGCUCGAGCCAUGCAGCAAAGGCCAGGUCCGCUUCUGUCAAGAGUAUAGUGUCGAAGAUUUGACCGCCCACCAUCCGAGGCCUCGCUCAAUGGAAACAAUCGACGAUGAGAUCGGUCGAACAGAGCAGCUAGAUCUACCUCUCCGACAUUCCACCCAAUCUCACGAAAUAGAGAUCGCUGCUGCUCUCCUGGAGCAAGCAAGUGACAUGACAUCGCAGAGCGACACGGGUCAGGCAAUUGAGGCACCGAUUCAGGAGGCCAUUGCCACCAACAAUCCCCAUAGUAAGAGCGAAGGAAAACGCAACUGA